AUGCCGCCAUGCCAUACGGGAACUUCAGCCUCAGCCCCAUUAGCCGCCGGCAUCUGCGCCCUCGUCUUAGAGGCCAAUCCUGGACUCACGUGGAGAGAUAUGCAGCACAUUGUGGUGCAAACGGCCAGACCUGCGAACCUACACGCGAGGGACUGGAAGACGAACGGCAUCGGCAGGAAUGUGAGCCAUUCCUUCGGGUACGGCCUCCUCGAUGCCAAUGCUAUGAUAGACUUAGCCAAACACUGGGUCACUGUUCCCUCUCAGAAGUUGUGUGAAGUGCGGAGUCAACCCAUUGAUAAACUUGUUCCCGCGAAGUCUUACAUUGAGAUGUCUUUGAAAGUCUCGUGUGAAAACGUCAAGUUCUUGGAGCACAUCCAGGCGAAGGUCACUCUGACUGCUACCCGAAGAGGAGAUAUUCACGUUUAUCUGACCUCUCCUUCGGGCACGAGAUCCACACUAUUAGCUCAGAGACCAAUGGAUAACUCGAGGUCUGGUUUCCAGAACUGGCCGUUUAUGACUGUCCACUCUUGGGGAGAGAACCCAAGCGGGGACUGGAGGCUUGAAAUUCACAACGAGGGCCGAUAUUACAUAGCUAAUGGUCUGCAAAGCAUUUUUGGUCGAGCCUUUCUCAAGGAGUGGACACUUGUUUUGUACGGAACUUCAGUCAAUCCCGACAGAAGACAGUUGAAGGCUAACCAAUGGUCUACUUCUCAUACAAAUAGCGAUACACCGUCUGUGCCUUUGUCUACAUCUUCACCUGUUCAGGACUUCCCCAAUAGAUUAGUUGUGUCUGAAAAGAGUGUCACCAAAGCACCGGUAGUUAAUAUAAAGCAUAAUAAUAUUGAAGAUGAAGACAACUCUGAGAAUAUAUUGGCCGACAGUCAGACCAAGAAUAUGUAUAACCAUAACGAGGACUGGUCUAUUCUAGUUCAUGGCACCCGUCACAGCAAAAACAAUGACAUGAUUCCUACGGGAGCGGUCAGUGGAAGUGGUUGUGCGCUCUCUGACCCAGUCUUUAAACGAUGUAUAGGUUGGUUCAUCUGUGCCUUUGCGGUCAAAGCUCUUCUUCAAAACUCUUAA